UUUCUUUUGUCGUAUAUGGGGAAGGGAUGGGCUCACUUUGGGGACGUGGAGAGGUUGCAGGCGGUUCUUGCUCCUUUUCUAAACUCAUGCAUGGGAUUCCCAAACGGGACCAUGGCCUCCUCGUUGCACUGCCUGAGGCUCUUAUUUCUUUUAUUCUGUUUUUGUUUUUGCGUUCUUGCACAGUAUGAAAAAUACAAUUUCCGCAGUUUCCCGCGACAUGAGCUGAUGCCUCUCGAAUCGGCGUAUCGCCACGCACUAGACAAGUACAAUGAGGAAAAGUGGCCAGAGACUGUGGAGUUUCUGGAAGUGAGUCUUCGGCUGUACCGGCUGCUCCGGGACAGCGAGGCCUUCUGCAACCUAAACUGCAGCACGGUGCGCCUCGACGACGAGACGCGCUUCACCGAGUUCCCCGAGCUGCACGCCUUCGGUAAUGUGAUGAAGCGGGCGCAAUGUCUGAAGCGAUGUAAACAGGGGUUACCAGCCUUCAGACAGACGAUGCCCAGCCGUGAAACCAUCGAGGAGUUUGAGAAACGGGAACCCUACAAGUUUCUGCAGUUUGCCUACUUUAAAAGUGAUAACUUGGCUAAGGCUGUGUCUGCUGCGCACACUUUCCUCUUGAAGCAUCCAGAUGAUGAGAUGAUGCAGAGGAACAUGAACUAUUACAAGAGCUUACCUGGGUCUGAGGAACAUAUGAAAGACCUGGAGACUAAGUCAUAUGAGAUGCUGUUCAUUCGGGCUGUCCGGGCAUACAAUGGUGAUAACUUCAGGACAUCUGUGUCAGAUAUGGAGUUGGCACUUCGAGACUUUUUCAAGGUGUUUGAUGAGUGCAUCGCAGCUUCAGAGGGAUCCAGACAGAUCAAAGACUUCAAAGACUUUUACCCCUCCAUUGCAGAUCAUUACACUGAGAUUCUGGAGAGAAAGGUUCGCUGUGAGAGUGAACUGACACCAGUUGUUGGUGGAUUUGUUGUUGAGAAGUUUGUGGCAACUAUGUACCACUAUCUCCAGUUUGCCUAUUAUAAAUUGAAUGAUUUGAAGAAUGCUGUACCAUGUGUGGCCAGCUACAUGCUCUUUGAUCCCAAUGAUGAGGUGAUGAAGAAUAAUGUGGAGUAUUAUCGCUACCAUAGAGAUAAAUUUGGUCUCACUGUGGAGGACUUCUUGCCUAGAGUGGAGGCAGUACGGUACCACAAUCAGACAACAUUACAGCUGCAGCUGCUUGAAUUUGCCAGACAGAAGCUCCUGCAUGAUGAUGAUGAGGGUGAAGUUUUAGAGUUUCUUGAUGAAUACCUUAUUGCUGAGGAAGAUUAAAAUGUUGAAUGUGCACUGAAAAAACAUUGAAGAGUGUGAAAAAUGUCACAAAGGUAUUUUCAGUACUGUACAAUUUUGCCCUCUUGUAUUUAUUUUGGGAUUGGUGAUAACAGUACCAAAGUACAAAUUGUUCACAACGCAAAUGUUCAAAAAGAUAAUGAAUACUCUGAUCAUUCACUGUCAUAUCAGAAAUCACUGCCGUGUUUUUAUUUGUUGGUUGGACUGUUUUAAUAAAGGGUCUUUUAAAUAUUA